AUGUUUUUUAUUAUUCAUUCCUUGGUCACUUUUGUUCCUCAAAUAGCUUUGGGAACCCAGAACAGAACAAUGCAUGUUGUGACUGAGUUUGUCCUCCUGGGCUUCCCUGGUCAAAGAAAGAAGCAGAAUGUCCUCUUCUCAUUAAUCCUGAUGGUCUAUCUCCUGACCCUGCUGGGGAAUGGAGCUAUUGUCUGUGCAGUGAAAUGGGACAAGCGUCUCCAUAAGCCCAUGUACAUCCUCUUGGGAAACUUUGCCUUCCUAGAGAUCUGGUAUGCUUCCUCUUCUGUUCCAAACAUGCUGGUCAACAUCCUCUCUGAGACCAAGACCAUCUCCUUCUCUGGCUGCUUCACUCAGUUCUACUUCUUCUUCUCUCUGGGUACAACUGAGAGUUUCUUCUUAUCAGUAAUGGCCUAUGACCGGUACUUAGCCAUCUGCCGCCCACUUCACUACCCCUCCAUCAUGACUGGAAAGUUCUGUGUGAUCCUGGUCUGUGUUUGCUGGGUGAGUGGAUUUCUCUGCUAUCCAGUCCCUAUUGUCCUUAUCUCCCAACUUCCCUUCUGUGGACCCAACAUUAUUGACCAUAUCGUGUGUGACCCAGGCCCAUUGUUUGCACUGGCCUGCAUCCAUGCUCCUUCCACUGAGCUUCUCUGUUACACCCUCAACUCCAUGAUUAUCUUUGGGCCCUUCGUCUUCAUCUUGGGAUCUUAUGCUGUGGUUCUCAGAGCUGUGCUUCAUAUUCCCUCUCAUGCUGGUCGAACUAAAGCUUUCUCCACAUGUGGGUCUCACCUAAUGGUGGUGUCACUUUUCUAUGGAACCCUUAUGGUGAUGUAUGUGAGCCCAUCAUCAGGGAACCCAGCAGGGAUGCAGAAGAUCGUCACUUUGAUAUACUCAGCCAUGACUCCACUCUUAAAUCCCCUUAUCUACAGUCUACGAAACAAGGACAUGAAAGAUGCCCUAAAGAAAGUUUUAGGAUUAAAAAUUAGCCAAAACUGA